UUCACAGGAAAAGGAGAAGACCUAUCAUGUGCUUAACAAACUGAGCAGCCUUAUGCGCUGCAGAAGAAUUCCUUCUUGCUUCCCAAGGUGGUCAGGGUGGAGCUUUGAUGUUUUGAUGUCAGAAUGAAGAGCAGGAUACCUCUCAUUCUUCUAGCCUGUGGCUCCUUUAACCCCAUCACAAACAUGCAUAUGCGUUUAUUUGAGCUGGCUAGAGAUCACCUGCACCAAACAGGAGGGUAUCAGGUGAUUGAAGGCAUAAUAUCUCCUGUUAAUGAUGGCUAUGGAAAGAAAGGCUUGGUUUCAGCAAGGCACCGGGUAGCAAUGGCUAAACUAGCCCUGGCGACAUCUGACUGGAUUCGAGUUGAUCCAUGGGAGAGUGAGCAGAAGACAUGGAUAGAGACAGUAAAAGUAUUAAGGCACCAUUACAACGAAUCACUCAGAUUGCUCCAGUCUAAGAAGGAAUUCAUGAAAAACAAGUGGCCCAUAGAAAGAGCUACAGAAGAUUCCCUUUCUUACCAGCACUCAGUCCUACCAGAAUUAAAGCUGCUCUGUGGGGCUGAUUUUCUACAGACAUUUAAGACACCCAAUCUCUGGAAGGAAGAGCACAUCACUGAAGUAGUGGAAAAGUUUGGUUUGGUCUGUGUUAGUCGUGCUGGCUCUGAUCCUGCUCAGCAUAUCAAAGAAUCAGAACUUUUAUCUAAAUUUCAGCACAAUAUUGUUCUGGUGAAAGAAUGGAUUCAGAAUGAAAUCAGUGCAACACAGAUACGCUAUGCCUUGCGCAGAGGGUUAAGUGUCAAGUAUCUCAUUCCUGAUUCUGUUAUAGCCUACAUUGCACACCAUAAUAUCUACACAGAAGAGAGUGAGCGGAAGAAUGAAGGUGACUUGCUUGAGCCUUUGAAGCUGCAUAGCACACCAGUAAACCCACUCAAUGACUGAUGUCUGUAGUGGGUCAAGUGGACAAACUUAGAGUUUUUUCCUAUAAAGUUCUUGAGGAAGCUUGGUUCUUGUUAAUGAGGAGAAAAUAAGUCAGUCCAAAACCUCCUGAAUUUGUUUGGUGUUUUAAAUUCAUAGAUUUGUUUGUGGUAGUGAGCAGGAAAUUGGGAUGCUCAGCUCCAUAGCUUAAAAUACAUAAAAACCAGCUUCCUUGUGAAAACAAAAGAAGUAAGAUCUGAACAAUAAAUAUUAAUCUCCAGCAAUAUGUAAGGGCCAAACAUAGUACUUUCCUGAACUGUACUUCUGUAAUCCUACAGAGAGCUUUAGGAUAAAGAUGCUGUUCUGAAGCAGCAAAAUACAUGAACUGUAACUUAUCUUUGUGUAUAUAUAUAUAUAUUUAAAUAUAUAUUACUGUUAAACUUUGACUUUUUAGGACCCUGAAUAAUUUUUGUGUUUUGACAGCUUAGACAAGAGGUGGGAAUAAAUCUUCGAUGUCUGCACUUUAAAAUGCAUGCGCCACUCAUGUCACUUUUAAGCCUCCAGAUUUACAAAUGACAGACACUCCUCAUCCCCCGAUUUCGAGUGGGUUUCUUUGCUUCUCUUAUCCAGAGUCUUCUAUAAGAGUAAUUGCCAAAGCCCUGGAUUGAAUGACAUAUCCAAGAGGAUCUUCAUCUCUACUAUUUGAAAAUACACUGUGGGAAACAGAUGAAAAUAGCUAAAAGGCUAUCAGUAUUCGAGCCCUAACAUUAGCCAGAAAAAUCCUUAUGUUGAUUGCUUGUUCUGCUUAUUCACUCCAUCUCAUUUUUUGACAGAAGACCCCUUCAAAGAAUAUAGAAUCUCUAUAAAGUGCUACUUCUGUGUUUCAGUGUUGCUUAAAUUAACUGAAAGCAUGCGUUCAGUAGUGAUGUAGCAUUUACAAUGUACAGAAUUAACCACUCCUCCUUAGUUUCCACCUAAGUGGCCCUUUUUGAGCCCUUGGAUGGCCGAACAGCUUCCACUGAUAGAAUUUCUCUAGAAUUAAAGAGCUUUUGAACAAGUUAAACUAAUGCCAGACACAAACUGCUUUCACUGAAAGAGUCUGUGUGAUUGUUUUCUGAAAAGAAGGUGGCAUAGGGUAGCUGGAGCAUAUUCAAGGGAGAAGGAAUUCGUGAAAACCACAUAAGAUAAGCACUUGUAUAGCUUUGGCUAAUAUCCUAAGCUAAAGCUAUUUACCAGGGUUUUUUUCCAAGUGGAAGAAUGAAGAGCAAUAUGGUUAAAGUGGUCAUCCAGAUAAUCAGUACCCUUACAGAAGUUGAAUGGAAGGUGAAUGUUUCAUUCUGUUUAAAUCAAGCCAUCCUGCUGUUGUUGGAAAUCUCGGCAGUCAAGCUUUGUGGAAGGAUUUAAAAGCAACAUUUCCAACAAUAAUCGGAUUAUAAGAACUUGCAUAGCUACAUAGGCUAAGAAAGAGAUAAAGGAAACCAGAGUUCAAGCUCGCCACAAAGAAAGGCAGUGAGCUGUGUGGUGCAGAAUCAACACACUGUGUUUGAUUUUGACAGUCACCUAAGCAGGGAUGCCUGCGGAUUUCAAUGGUUACUGGAAAAUGAUCAGCAAUGACAAUUUUGAGGAGUAUCUGAAAGCCCUGGGUAAGGUUCCGUUUAUAUUUAAUAAUCAAUAAAUGUAGCCCAUCUUGGUCUU